GUGGGGAAAAGACCAUCGUAUCUCAAAUUACGUCAUCACGCACAUAUCCGACCUGUCCUUGAAGCCACAACACAGGCAAGAUGGUCGCAUACUGGAGACAGGCAGGCCUCAGCUACAUCCGCUUCUCCGCUAUCUGUGCUAGCGCGGUGCGGGCUGCGAUGAAGCCGCAGUUCAAAGCCGAAGCAUUAAAGGCCGCAGAAGCCAACGUCAAAGUCCUGAAACCCAAAACAGCUUGAUUUGAGAACGAGAUGUAGAUAGUUUUUCCUGGAGUUGUGCGGUCCUGUCACUGUCCUGCUCUGCACACAGUGGAGAAGAGAAAAAGGAUAACAUCAAGAUGACCUGAAUGAAAUUGCAGUUAUUUUCCCUUUUCAUUUGUUAUUAAAAUUGUAUUAAAGAUGGAUAUCGGAAAUA